AUGUCAGGCCCGACGCCUGUGGGGUUGCACCUCCACUCGCCUCUCGUCAUAAGUGCCGAAGACAUUGUUCGUUUUCAUUGGGCAGUUGGACACAGAGAGGGUAAACUUUCACACUUGAAACAUGGCCAGCUAGUCCUAUUUCUUUCGGCCAUGACCGAGCCGGGCAUGCUUUUACUACUCGCCAGCCCGUGGUGUCCUGUUAAUCCCCUGGGUGCCGUUAACGUCCGUAACACAUUCGAGCUGAUUUGUCCGGAAUUAUGCGACCUAGAGAAGCUGACGAAGAUGGAUUCGAUGUACAUGGAUGCUGUAAUGCACGCAGAACCGACAAGAGUAAAGCGUGGAAUCGAGUGGUCUCUCCAAGUAACGAUUAGUGCCCCUAGCGCCAGGAACAAUGGCAUGUAUCAGACUAUUUUCCGCCAAGUUUUCACCAUGCUGGAAUUCAAAAAGACAUCAGGCAGCGUCAUUUCGAAGAGCUCGGAUGAAAGCAAAAAUGAUGCGUCAACGUCAGGAUCUACACGCACUAGUACGCAAAUAUCAUUAUCCAAAGACGAUCCUUUGAAAUGGGCAGCGGUGUGCAAGGACUACAACUUCAUACAUCUGUCUGCCAUCGCUGCAAGGCUGUUCGGUCUGCCCGGAAAGCUUGCACACGGAAACCAUGUAGCUGCAAAAGCAUUACAGAGCCUGCCUGACACUGGAAACACGGCAUUGCCGGACAAUAUCCCCUUGCACAUGCGGGUAGACUUCAAGAAACCAAUGGUAGUACCCGGUAUCUUUGAAGCGUGCAUGAGAGAAUCGCCGUCUACAAGCAUUGGAUUUGAAUCGCCGUCCACUAGUAUUGGGUUUGAAAUCCUCCAAAGGGGAAAAGUCCAUGCCACUGGCGUAUAUGGUCCACUAGAGCCAGGCAGAAAGUAG